UACCCCUAAUCUCAGAUCUUCGCUAACGGCCCAACGAAGCUACCCCGAAUCGCGAUAUCAACGUCAUUUCAGCCCCGCAUUAUCGAGCUGAGCUGAGCUCUCCACAAGGAAUUCUGUGCCGCAAAACCAAGCUUGCUCUUUACAACCUGGAAUUAAGAAAACCGGCACCGAAUAAAAAUACAUAGUUUUUCGCUCUGCGGUUUCCACCGCCUAGAUCUUCUCACCAUAUAGCCACUGAGCUCGAAACCUACCUCUACCUAUCCUAACCAACGCCGAGAAGAGAGGCCUACGACAAUGUCCCCGACAAACCGCCUCUGGCACCAACAAACCCGCUUCCUCACCACCUUCGCACCCUCAACCCGCCCGCUCCCUCGACCCUCCAACACAAUCCACCAUCUCCGCCCCCGCGCCCCGCGACCGCAACGCUUCCAAUCCAGCAAGCCGCACAACCCCACCCCUUCCUCCUCACCUUCCUCCUCCUCCUCCUCCUCAGCGCAGAAAACGCAACGCGCGCGCCUAAUCCUCGACCGCGCGUCGCGCUUCGUGCCCAGACGCCUGCACCCUUACCUGCAGCGCCUGCGCACGGCGCCCUUCAGCCACGUGGCCGCGUUCCUCGCGCUGCACGAGCUGACGGCGCUCGCGCCGCUCUUCGGCCUCGCGUACCUGUUCCACAGCGCGGAUUGGGUGCCCACGGCGUGGGUCUUCGGACCGUGGGCCGCGUGGGCCGAGGAGGGGCUGAGUCGGUAUAUGGGGUAUUUCCGGAAGAAGGGAUGGUUUGGGCUGGGGGAGGGGGGUGGUGAUGGUGGUGGUGGGAGGGAUGGGGAGGAGAGGUUGGAGGAACGGUUGAGGCAGGAGGUUGAGCGGGAGAGGGUUAGGGAGAAGGAGGGGAGGGGUGGGAGGUGGUUUAGCAGGUGGUGGGGCGGGAAUGGCGAUGUUGAUGAUACUCCGGGUGGAGAGGGAGAAGCUGGAGCUGGUGCGGAACAGAGUAAAACGAAGGCAGCUUGGAAGAAAGUUAAGGGCGUGGUUACAACUGAGAAUACGGAGAAAGGGUAUAAGAUCGGUGUUCAAAUCGCUGCCGCCUACGCAAUUACAAAGAUGCUGCUUAUACCCCGUAUAGCACUAAGUCUUUGGGCGACACCUUGGCUAGCGAGAGGGUUUGUAGCCGCGAGGCGUUCGAUAUGGAGGAAACGCAGUUAA